AUGACCGACGACGACAAGUCGGCUACUCCGACCCGCAAGCCGAGGCGUCCAUUCACCCAACUGCCCUCAGCACUGGCUCAGCUCGUCGACGAUCGCUUCGAUGAAGACCAAUACGAUCAGGCAGUCGACCUGCUCGACCAGCUCAAAGCUGAGGGUCUGACACCAAUCAAGAGCCUCAUCCAGAAGCUGGUCGCUCUCAACCUCUGCUCGCUAGCGCCUGGCCAGGUAGCUUCCACCUCCAGAUGGACCCUUGACCACCAGCUUCACGACAUCUCUUCCCGCCUCUUGACGCAGUCCAGGGACAGAAAGGGCGGGCAGAAUGCCAUGAAAGCUGCCUCUGCCGCAUCUGACAAGCCUUCUCCCUCUGCUGUCCUCAAGGCCUCCUCUCUGCUCAUCCAAUAUUCACGACUUGGCGCUGACAUCACUGGCCAAGGUGGCGACGCGCAAGCCGAGAGCGGUCGCCAAGAGUGCCUGCUGGCUCGCCAUAUGCUCGAAGCGCUUCCCUCGCAAAGAAGGCCCCUGCAGACGACCAGCAGAUCGGUCUCCCCGGAGUCAUCUCGCAAAGGCCGCCGUGGCUCAGCCCGACUCGACGACGACGAUCACGACGCAUCCUUCAAUCUCAGCUCCAUCGAGCGCUGGGUGCGCAACGACUUCCAUCGCGCAGAAGAUGUGUGGGAUUUGCUUUGCGAUCGAAGGUUCUCCAAUCCUACCGAGAUCGAGAACGUGGCUCUGGCGCGCGUCAGCGAGUUCUGGAUGAACGAAUCAGAGCGGAAACGCUAUCAGAAGCAAUUGCAGUCCGCCAGCACCAGCCACAGGCGGCUUGAGGACCGCCUCAAGGAGAUUCGCUGGAAGAAGCUGAACGGUGCGCAGAGCAGCGACUCUUCCGACACCGACACUGAUGACAGUUCCGACGACGAAAACGACGACCUCCGCCUGAGGGUCUCCCUCCCGGGUCGUGCCGCCAAACGUUCUUCCGCCAAGACCAAGGGCAAAGGCAAGACCACCUCUCCGUCCGAGAAGCCGGCCAAGCGCAUCCGCAUCGCCAAGCCUGCAGCAACAGUACGAGACGACGACGAAGCACAUCAGAGCAAGGUCAAGAUGACUGAGGGCGCCUGGCGCACACUCCCUGUCCUGCUCCGACUUUGGGAUCGUGCUACGCCACAAGACGUGGCGGCAACCGCAGAAGCCACCGCAGCAUCGGACGACGAACCAGCUCUACUCUGGCAGUUUCCACGCAGCCAUUCGGCUAGACAGAAGGGCGGAUCGGCAGUCAGGACCGCAUCCACCAAAGACACAACUGACGAGAUCGGCAGAGCUCUCGACGUGGCAUUCUCGUUUCCCGGUGUCCUGCCUGCCUACACCCCAGCAACGACAAAUACGGAAGCAACCACCAAUCUAUUCGACACGGCAAAGUCGCUCCACACUCGUGGCGACGCUCGCCUAUUCUCAUCUGUGCCGGAAGGUGAGCUCGUGCAUCGGCAAGAGGUCGGCGAUCAGAAGGAGGAGCGUCUCAUGGCCCUGCGCGCCAUCAGUGCCGCAUGGCUGCUUGCGUCCAUCUUCCGACUGGUCAAGCUCAACCACAUCAGCUCGGUUGCUUUCACCGAAGGCGUGUCGGACCGCAUCGGAGCGCUGCAAGGGCAAGAAGUUCAGUAUCUCAUGCUUCCACUGCUCACCAAGGAGCCGUUUGUCGUUGCCAGCACGCUCACUGCGUACCUGAGCGACGCUACUCGCACACGACCUGACAAGGCAAGGUCACCGGAACCGACAAGAUUCAACUUCGAGGACCAGGGUGUGAUCACGAUGGACGGUGCGCUGGCAUAUGCGAUGCCCCAGGAGCAAGCGGCCAUUGCGCUGCUCGAGGACGCCUCGAUGCGACAGCAGGACACCGACGCAAAGGCCAUCCUUCACUUUCUGUCGCUGCACAGGCUCGAGCUGGACGAGUCGGCGGAUCUCAGCUUGUCCGCGACGUUCCCGGACCGAUCCGAGAGCCGCAAGUCACCCGUGGUGCAAAAGCAGAGCCGUCGCCCGGUCAAAUCCGGACCCUCAUCGCGCAUCACAGGCAAGCUGACCGUCACGCUCAAGAAGCCGGACUCAGCCUUCGAGGCUCCACUGACCGACGAGAUGAAAAAGGGCGGUCUGGUGGCAUUUGCCUUCGUUCGCAUGAUGCAGAUGUUGGCACGCGACCGCAUCAAUCAGAUGAAGUUCUUCGUCGCGCGAGCGCUCGUCACGAUGUAUGAUGACACGAAAGGCACAUCAAAGAGUCAGGAAUCGUACACGUCGACCAACGGAUCCAUCCCCGACAGCUCGCAGGGCCAAGACUUGGAUCUGAAGAUGCCCAAGGCUGGCGGAUCGGAACGCUCAUCGCAGCGGCGCAACCUGCAGCUCUACCUCACGCGGCUCUCGAAGGCAUUCGACCAUGACUAUUACGACUUCAGCCGAUGCUGCGCGGUCAUGCGGACGCAUCUGGGCAAGGACAGCGAGCAUCGACGACACAGGUAUCUGGCCGGCCUGCUCGACUCAAGCGGACCCAAGGACGGAUCGGGAGCGAUGCCGUCGCUCCAGACUGUGGCAGAGCGAUGCGCAAAGUGUCUCGAUGCCACGCACGAGCUGAUGUUCUCGAUGCGUUUGCUCAUGGAGUCUGUCAACCCGAAAUGA